GGGUAGCUUCGUUUUCAUUCCUUAGCCACACCUCACAGCACUGAUAGAGCCAUCAGCGCGUGAUGUUCUCUCGUCAGCGUUAAUCGAAGCACAUUACAUUGAAUGUGUUCACCGCCUAUGAUGCAUAAUCCCACGAAUUCCUUGAGCUGUCACUUCAACGCAUCUAAACGUUGUUUAACGUAUUCAAAAAAAAGUCCGCCACUCGAUCAUUGUUGAGCAGUUUUUUGAAAACAGCAUUUUAAGAAGCUGGCACGUAUCGUUCGGUGGUCAGUGUUCAUCAUGCAAGUUAUUCGUGUGGUUGCAUCGUUGGGAGCUCUGCUAGCACUGGCAGAAUGUGUUCCGGUAGAGGCGAUGGGCCAGGACUCCGAACUAAUCGACUAUGAAAGUGUCCAGGGUCAGGAAAUGUAUCGAUUUAAAUAUGAGACGAGUGAUGGACAGUUUCGCGAAGAAGUUGGAAUGCUGGUGAACGUUGGAACGCCGGAACAGGAGCUCAUGGUGAUGGGACAGUACGGGUUCAAAAGCAAGGACGGUGGUACGAUGGUUAUGGUCAUGUACACCAGUGGCAAGAAGGGCUAUCGGGCCCGCACGGUAACGAGAAACUCAAGGGAUGCGGACUUAAGGAACAAAGCAUUCCUUUCAUUGUUGAUGGGAUGAGUUUUAUUUAAAGAUAAGCGUUUUUAAAUUAUAAUAAGUCGUCGUCGUCGUGUAAGAAAAUGUUGUACUUUUUUAGAGACAAAACUCCUCAGGAAGACUCUAUAUAAUUGCUUUGCCAUGUAUUAAAGAGGUAAAAUUAAGAAAAUGGACCCAACCAAACAUCGAACAAGAUAAUUUGAGCUGAACGCUCAAUUUAACUAUUUAAAUUGAACAUUUUUUGUUCAUUUCUUGGUUGAAUCAAAUAAAAAUUCCGUGUAAGUCCCACGCCUUAGAAACUUUGUAUCUAAUCAGAGACAGCAUCUGGUCCCGAUAAUAGUGCCGCAAUGUACUUUACAUAGUGUUUAGUACCAUCUGGUUUACGGUAGGUGUACCACCCUUAAAAAUAAAAAAGGAGCACAAUAAACCAACUAAAA